UUUUAAUCGGUGAAACCGGCAACGCUCACUUGGUCGCAUGUCAGCUGCCGGAAAAUCAAAUCAUAACAAACAAAAACAAGUGGAAAAUUGAGACAUUUUUAGUUUUUUUGAAACAUGGCUUCAGAAAACGCUCAGAUCUUACCGAACGUAAAAAGGAUUUUCCUAGUUUUAUCAGGGAAAGGUGGUGUAGGUAAAUCCACAGUUAGUACUCAAUUGGCUCUAACACUUCAGAAUAGUGGCUUUAAAGUUGGGCUGUUAGAUAUUGAUCUGUGCGGUCCUAGCAUACCGCGAAUGCUUGGCUUAGAAAAUAGCUCUGUUCAUCAGUGUGCGCAAGGAUGGGUUCCAGUUUACACAACCCCUGACCAGACCUUGGGAGUAAUGUCUGUUGGAUUUUUACUAGGAAAUAAAGAUGAUCCAGUUAUUUGGAGAGGCCCUAAGAAAACAGCUAUGAUCAAGCAGUUUCUUACUGAUGUGUAUUGGCAAGAUUUAGAUUAUCUGAUCAUUGAUACUCCUCCUGGAACAUCAGAUGAACAUAUUUCAGUUAUGGAAAACCUUAAGAGCGUGAGAUGUGACGGCGCAAUCCUUGUGACAACGCCGCAAGCAGUGGCUGUUGGAGAUGUUCGCAGAGAAUUGACUUUCUGCAAAAAGACUGGGUUGAAGGUCACUGGAAUUUUAGAGAAUAUGUGUGGCUAUGUUUGUCCACAUUGUUCAGAAUGCACGAAUAUUUUCUCCUACGGGGGUGGGGAAUCUUUAGCUGAAAUGGGUAAAGUGCCUUUUCUCGGACGGAUUCCAAUUGAUCCUAAAUUAACUAAAGCCAUGGAAAGUGGAGAAAAUUUCAUUACAUCAUUUAAUGAGUCAGUAGCAGCCCAAACAUUCAUUAGCAUAGUCAAAAAUUUUAUAAUACCACGAGAGGAAACUAUGGAUGUAUCAGAGCACCAAUAAAUUUUCUGCAUAUUGUUAGCA